CUUCCAAAUUCCGAGUCACGGGGGCCAAACUGACUGCACUCGCGCCGUCACUGGCCUGCAAGGGCGCGAAAGGAGGAAAAAAAAGGACGCCUUCGGUAUCAAACUCUGCGCGAGUGUCUGGAGGGCGAUAAGGAGCCCAGCCAUCGCAAUGGAAGCGCAAUACUUCUUGUGGAUGCUUACGCACGACGCGUACAAUGUGGGAACAUACUGGCAAAAGGACUCCUUCAAUGAAGACCACCGAAGACGAGUCGAGUGUGCGAAAUGUGGUUCUACCGAGACAAUGCACCAUAUCCUCUUCGACUGUGAUGUCAAUGAUUUUUUUGUAGGUCAGUCGACGGUCUGGACGCUGGCAGAGCAGCUAUGGGGACAUACCAGGUGCAACUGGCCGACAAUCUCUUGGAGAACUGUCAUAACGGCUGGAUGUCUCCCACACCGAGAUGCGAAGGGGCGGACGGUUUCCGGCCUGAACCGCCUUUGGGCUAUCCUCAUGUCGGAGUCGGCGUAGUUCGUCUGGGUGAUUAGAUGUGAGAGGGUCAUACGGAAUGAGAACAGACAGUUCGAUAUGCAGGUGACACGCAGGUGGUAUGCUGCGAUUGAGCACCGACUUGCUGAUGACAGGUAUUCAACACGCAAGAGCCUCGAA